AUGUGUCCCAUGCAUGAAAAAUCAGUCCGGAGUGUUUCCGCCCACGCAGCUUUCUUCGUUCCGGCCUCGCGAAUGCCUGGCAAACAGGCCUUGAAAUGUGGGACUCAAGCAGAAGAAAAUUCCGCUUGGGUUGCUCGUCCCAACCACGACAAUGAGAAGGAAGAAAAAGAUGAUGCACAUACACAGGCGAAUAACCCGCAACGGACUUUUCCCCAGUUUGUUGACAACCGUUGCUUCUUCACAAGUUCUGAUGUGUUGCAGAGUGGGAAAGAACUGCAAAUGCUGCUCCUUAUCGCGAUUUUCGGCUUUCUCGUUUCGCCCAUUUCCUCAACAUCAUCAACCAUCAGCAGUGAAUCAGGCCCGGAAAUAUUCUCGUCCAUCGCCGAAAUGGAAUCACUGUUCAAAUUCGAAACUAAGUUAGAUCGCGCAUUAGCGAGUCACGUACAGAAACUCACAGAGCAACUCAGCGUGCUGAAUCAGUUCCUCGCUCAGCCAGCAGCAUCAGCAGAAUCCCACAAUGAACCAUCACAUUCGGAAAUCCGGAACCCCGAGUCAUCGUCUUUUACAUCACCUGAUGGCAAAUCUAGAGACGAAAGCAGACGACUACGAGGAGCUGCGAACCCACUGGACUCGUACGCUAUUCUGAAGCGAUUAUCUAUCGGUGUUCAGCCCGUGCAAGAAAUUAUUUCCGCCGAGGAAUCCAUCAUCGCGGACAACUCAACCAGCUGCAAUAACGUUUUAAAACCGACAGGUCUUUCUGAGAGAUUGUCAAAAGCCACAGAGGAAACCCGCGGGGUGCAACUUCCGAUCACGCCUGCGGAUUUAUCAGGAGCUGUUCUUGCACUUGCCAACUUGCGGGAAACUUACAAUUUGAGCAUCAACGAUUUACAACAGGGUCGUAUUCAAACGUCGGACGGAGUUUCAGCUCCCGGCAAGAAACUGAUGGCAGCCCGAGAUUGUAUGUUCAUCGGGAAGCACGCUUUCAAUCAGAACAAUUAUGGAGAAGCAGUUGACUGGCUUGAAGUAGCAUUUUCUCUUUCGAGUUCAGAACAUCCCAAUGCAACGUCUGAGGCCGAAGUCCUACCGUUUCUGCAAACAGCAAGACGAGUGAAGGUCGUUGGCAAGGCCAGGGAGUUCCUUCGUUGUGUUAAUGGGUUAACAGAAGAGCACUACCGCGUUAUGGUCAAGGAAUUAGAGUUAGCCUACAGAGGUAAUUUUAUGGGAGAAGGCGCGCUGAAACUCCAGACAAUGUAUCAAGGUGAGUUAGAAUCAGUUUUGGAUUUCUCUGUUAGGAUCCGGAGAGUGGGCCAGCAAAUGCUUGGCGAGGCCCCCAGCAAAAUUAAAGUUUUAAGAGUGGAAGGCCAAGAGCCGAAACUCUGUACGAACCCGUUCCUUAAAAUCGAGUUGAUCCGGUAUGAUGCUCAACAGCAGAGUAUCGAUCAACUGAUGGUUUCUCAGUUUUUGCAAGGAAUGUUGCCAAGUCUUUAUGAUAGACUUGGUGCUGUUCCUAUUACUAUGGCACAAGCCCUCGACAAAACCAGCAAGGCACUAAUAAUGCCAAUCCCGCUAGAAUGUGUUGGACGUGUGGAAAACCUGGCCAUUUUAGCAGUGAAUGCUAUGCUAAAGUUUUCUCGGUUCCAACUGAUGGACAAGGGAGACCGAUUGGUUUUCCCAGAAACAGCCGCUCUUCCAGCAGGAGCAAAAGUCCAGACUCCAGGGCAUCCAGCCCUGGAUCUCAUCAUGGAAAAGGAAAUAAAAAUCAGAAAUGCCAACAACAACCGAGACGCGAGCAAAGAUCUUCCUCGCACAGAUCCUCAAGAACAAGUCGAGGAGUCCAUUUCCUCCAGCAGCUUGAAGGAUUAG